UUGGUCAACAGCGGGCGGACUUAGCUUUGAGGAUGAGGACACUCUCACUUGAAGUGAAGCUUGGAGAACAAACCGCGUCAAAAAAGUCGUCAUAGAGCAACGUCAAGUGUGUCCGACGCCCAGCAGCGGACGGUGACGAGGGGCUUGGAGCAGCGGACGGACGGUGACGAGGGGCUUGGAGCAGCGGACGGUGACGAGGAGCUUCGAGCAGCGGGACAAGAGCGGUACGAGUGACCGGGCGACGCCAUCGAUGACGGGCUGCUCAUGUGCACAGGUUGCUAGUUAGCUCGCUGCCGUUAGCCGUCUUUCUCCGCUGCCCAGCCACUGAACGCCUCCCGGGGACAACUUUUACACCGAAAAGACAUUUUCCCCACCGGUACUUUGCUCGCUAAUUCCCUCACAAUGUGCUGUUUUUCGGGACGUUUAUCAAGUUGGCCGGCCGCUAGCAUCGGCUGACCUAAGCGACUUUACUCUUUUUCUUUCCUACAUUUUUCUUUUCUUUUUUUUUUAAACAUCGCCUUUUUUGUAACAAUUUUAACGAUAAACUAUUCAUGUCGGACUAGUUUAGAAUUAUUAUUUUUUUAAGACUAAAAAAAGUUUUCCUGGAGGAUUUCUUCCCCCCCCGCCUGUGGAAAAUGGAUGCGGGCAUAGAGAAGGAAUGCAGCGCCUUGGGAGGGCUCUUCCAGCUCAUCAUGACCGACAUGAAGGCCAGUUAUCCCACGUGGGAGGACUUUGUCUCCAAAGGAGUCAAACUUCAGUCGCAGCUCAGGACGACAAUCCUGGUGACCGGAGCCUUCCUGGAUGCCUUUCAGAAGGUGGCCGACAUGGCGAUGGGAGCCAGAGGCGCUACCAAGGAGAUUGGCUCGGCGCUAACCAGGAUGUGUAUGAGACACCGCAGCAUCGAGUCCAAACUCAAAGUCUUUACCACAGCUCUCUCAGAAAGUCUCAUCACCCCGUUAGAGCUGAGGAUGGAGGAGUGGAGGAAAGCCGCCAGUCAGCUGGACAAAGAUCACGCUAAAGAGUACAAAAAGGUGAGAGCAGACAUCAAGAAGAAGUCGUCAGACACCAUCAAACUGCAGAAGAAGGUCAAGAAAGGCAAGGACGAAGUGCGCAGCCAGCUGGACAGCGCCUUGCAGGACGUCAACGUACGAUACGCCGUCCUGGAGGAGACGGAGAAGAGGGCGGUGUGCCGAGCGCUUGUGGAGGAAAGAGCUCGCUACUGCAGCUUCGUGAGCAUGCUGAAGCCUGUGCUGGACCACGAGAUCAACAUGCUGGGCGAGGUGACCCACCUGCAGGCCAUCCUGGAAGAUCUCACCGCCCUGACAGCUGAGCCCAAUAAACUACCACCAGCCAGUGAGCAGGUAAUUCUGGACCUGAAAGGGUCUGACUUCAGCUAUGCCUACCAGACGCCUCCAGCCUCUCCCGGUAACACGCUUUCCAGGAAGAGCAGCGUUAGCAGUUACCAGUCGGGAUCAAUGAGGCACGUUCCUUCCCUGGAUUCAAUCAGCUGCGCCGUGGAUGGAGUGCACCUCCAGGAUGCAUUUGGCUCCAGCAACCAGCUCACUCUGAUGGAAGCGAGAGGUGAAAAUGGCCUCCUGGCCCCCCCGCACAGUGCGUACACUCAGCACGGGGAGAGAGUUCGGGCCAUGUCCGCAUCCGGCAAGUCCUGCUCUGCCCGGGAUCAGCUGGCCUUGACCCUGGGUGUGCUGAAUUCGGACUUGCCGCGGAGCAGCCGGGACUCGCUGCACUGUUCCAGUGGUUACAGCACGCAGACCACCACGCCCUCCUGCUCUGAAGACACCAUCCACACACACGCUGUAAAGAGAGACCCUCUCCUCUAUGUCGACUACGAGUCCAUUUCCCUCCACGGGGACAGCGACUCCAUCUCCCUGCACCACCUGUCGCACGCCAACAGCCAGUCGGACUUCGACAAGUCCUCCACCAUUCCGAGGAACUCUGACCUCGGUUUCCAAUUCAGGAAGUUUGCGCAGUCCAAGCGCCCCGCCUCCACCGUCAGCCUAUUGGCGGAGAUGGAACUGAUGGGCGGGUCCGUCCACCAGCUGCCGUCCCACACGGCGACCAUCAGACGCAAGCCGUCGACCAAGCCGGCGUAUCGCCGAGGCACCAUCAGCUGCGGCGUCCCCAUCCCCAUCUCCACGCCGCAGGUUCCCGUCAAAGCGGUGGCGGGGGCCGGCGGCAGCGAAGAGAACGUCUUCCUGGCGCCCUCUGCUGGAGGAGCGGGAGGCUUCGGCCACAAUAAACUCUGCACCUCCACGCAGAGCCUCAGCGCCCUGCCGCCUUCUUCGUCCCCGUACUACCAGCUGGUGCCGGGUCAGAUGCCCAUCCCGGUGCCGGUGCCCACCGUGCCCUCCAUGCAGCAGCAGAGACAGUACCAGCAGCACCACCACCAGCACCAGCAGCAGCGCAGCCAGCAACCCUUGGACCAGGAACUGCAGAUCCUGGACCAGCAGCACAAACAAAAGCUCUUCCAGCAGCAUCACCAGGCCCCCGUUACCCAGCGGGAGGACUCCAUCCCGGGCGAUGGCGCUCAGAACCAGGCCGUCCCGCCCCCCAGCCUGGACCAGGACCAGGACCAGGACCAGGAGAUCCUGACGCAUGAGAGGGGUGAAAGAGACAUGGUGAACCUGAUCAAGGGUGUGAAGCUGAAAAGGACCCUGACCAACGAUCGCUCCGCCCCCCUGCUGCCCCCGCCUGUCAAUCACAACUAAAGUCCUUGUGUGCUGGACUUGGUUCAGGUCUACACAAACUCUGGACUACUUGCUUUUAUUUGCUUAAGUCAGGCUGUGUUUUACACUUUUUUUUUUUGUUCCUGGUAAUGUCCCGCCUGCCUUCUUUUACCUUUUUGUGCUUUCGCUUCCAUGUUGGCGUUUUCCUCGUGGACUUGACGCUUUUAAGUGAGGAACCCACUUCCUGCCCCGCCCUCAUGAUGCUAGACAGGAAGCUAAGGAUGUGGGCCAGGUGCGUCCAGACCUGGGUAGGCCGGGUCACCUCUGUAGGAAGUGUCCGGGUUCUGCGAAGAAAGAAAGCGUUGACAGAAGGACGGCACGGCGCCGAGUAAGCGCUUUUGGACGACGCAGUGAGCUGGCUAAUCAAUCAUUUGUCUUUGAAUAUUGGAAUGUUUCAUCAGGUGACGUCAUAGCAGGCUAUGAGAUGCAGAGUUGAAGUGGGUCAGGUCACAGCUGAAAAGGAUUUCUUUCACGCCGAGACACGAAUGGCCUGUACUCAGUUUUGGCCACAAGAUGGCGCACUUGGCUCAGGAGGAGAAUGUUGCAUCAAAUGUCCCUAAAACGCUGAUUUAAGUGUCUCAGCAGCUGGAUUGGAGGAGAAUGUUGUUCCUAAAACGCUGAUUUAAGUGGCUCAGCAGCUGGCUUGGAGGAGAAUGUUGUUCCUAAAACGCUGAUUUAAGUGUCUCAGCAGCUGGAUUGGAGGAGAAUGUUGUUCCUAAAACGCUGAUUUAAAGGCCACCAGCAGUUUAAGUUGCUUGUGCUGGAAAUAAAGUUGCUGAUUUUUGUUCAUUCGAGCAUCUUUUGGUUGUCAGGACUAGUUUGAUAGAGUCUGUUUUACGGCUACGUGACCUUUUCACACAGUCCUGACUUGCUGCGAGCAUCCUCGGUUACCGUGGUUACGGCUCUUUCGCAUGCUGGGAAAUACUUUGCUGGCUCCCUUCCCCGUGCUGCCGGCUUAUUGUUGUUGACAUGUUGUAGAUCAGAUUGUACAUACUCCUGAUUGACAGAUCUAUCACCUUGUGUUUUUCACUCUGCAGCCGCCGCCGCCAUUUUUCUAGAAGAGCUCUAAAGAUGCUGGAACAAGCCACAGAAUGUACUUUUUGUUUCUUUCAAGUCUUCUUGAUGCUGUCUUGCUCCAAUGUGGAACCAGAUAAUUAUAUUGACAUUGCUCAACUAAA